CUACCGGCAGCCAUUUUAAACGUCGCGCAAUGUUGUUGAUUUCCGCCAUUGUAAAAUGAGGUGUAGUGUUCGAUAAAGAACAUUAAUCAAGCAUGAGGACAUAGUUUUUGGUGAAUAUUAUAAGUGUUAAAUAAUAAAAAAUGGAGGACGAAUACAUGGACGCGCAGGACUCUAGUAUGAACGAUUCGGCGAAUCGCGGUAGUGAUGGAAAUGAUUCUAUGAGUGAUGCGUCCAAAGAUUUCGGUGAUCAGUCUGGUUAUGAUGAUAAUUAUGAGGAUGAUGAUGGUGGAAACGGAUUCAGAGGCGGCCGCGGUGGACGCGGGAACUUCAGCAGAGGACGCGGGCGGGGACCCCCACCCGGUUGGAUGAAUGGACCACCUCCUAUGCGUUUCCGAGGCCGAGGCUACGGCCCGGGAGGCCCACCGAUGCGAGGCCGAGGUUUCUACCGCGGACGCGGCGGCCCGCGCUUCGGGCCCAACAACGGCCCCAGCUUUGACAACAACUGGGGUCCAAUGGGACCCCCACCACCGGGAAUGAUGGGUGGACCGCCGCCGUUUGGCCCGCCACCCGGCAUGAUGCCACCAGGCGGGCCAAUGGGACCUCCGCCUAAUAUGAUGGGACAGCCACCUCCAUUUGGACCACCAGGCAUGCCUCCACCGAAUAUGCCAGCGCCAGAAGUGUGGGUGGAGACCAAGUCAGACGAGGGCAAAUCCUACUACUACCACUCCAGGACCCGGGAGACGACGUGGACCAGGCCUCAGGAGAGCCCCACCUGCAAGAUCAUCACGCAGUCCGAGAUGGAGAGCAUGGCUGCUGCAGGGCAAAUGCCCCCUGGCAUGGGAGGCGGUCAGUCCAUGCCCAUGAACGGGCCGAUGGGCGGUCCGCCCAUGGGAGGCCCGCCGAUGGGCAUGAUGCCCAACGGCAUGAUGGGCAUGAUGCCCCCGGGCGUGGGCCCACAAGGCCCGGCGCCGGGCUCGGUGCCGCCGUUCAUGACGCAGCCACCUCCCUGGGUUAAAGAACAAAUGCAGCAAUCAAAGAUGCUAGACAAGCAAGACAGUCCUCAGGAUGAUGACUCGCCACCUGGAGUGCCAUCCCCUACCUCACAGCCAUCUUCCCAGGCCUCCACACAGUCGUUUGUGCAGUCCAUGUCACAGCCUAACAUGCAAGCGCUGACUCAGGGGAUGCAGCCUCCCUCUAUGACACAACCACCAGUAUCAAUGUCUGGACCUGGACCAGGAGGACUCAAUGGUCCGCCCGGUAUGGGAGGACCCAUGGGAGGCCCUGUACCCGGUCUCGGCGGCCCCGGGCCUGAUCUUGGAGGCCCUCGCCCCGGCAUGGGAGCCCCAGGUCUCGGUCUCGGGCCCCCUGGCAUGGGAGGCCCGGGUAUGGGGAUGGGGAACCCGGGCGCUGGUCCCGGAGGUGGUGGCGCGUGGGGUCAAUGGGGCUGGGCUCCACCGGGCUUGGCAGCCGCUGUGCCUGAUGCAGGCGCGGCCAACCAGAUGCCGCCGCCGCAGCUUGGCGCGCCGCGCGCCGCCAGCGAAGCGCCCGCCGCCGACCAGCCCACCGCCCCACAGCAGUCCAAGAAAGAGGAAACUAUAAUACCGCCGGAGCUGUCCGCCAAAGCAGCGGAGUGGACGACGCACCGAGCGCCGGAUGGUCGGCCGUACUACUACCACGCGGCGAGCAGGCAGAGCGUGUGGGAGAAACCGACGCCUCUCAAGGAGCUGGAAGAAUACAUUGUUUCAGACCUGCAGGCCAAGAUCGCGGCCGAGAAGGGCGAGGCCGUUAAGAAGGACAAAAUGGAUAUUGACGAUAGCAAAAUUGAAGUGAUAGACGUAGAGGCGCACGCGGAAGCGGCGGCGGCGGCGGAGGCGGAGCGAGAGCGGGAGCGGGAGCGGCUCGAGCGCGAGCAGGCGGAGCGCGAGCGGCUGGAGAAGGAGAAGGCGGAGAAGGAGAAAGCGGAGAAAGAGAAGGCUGAGAAGGAGAAGGCCAAGACGGACAAGAGCAGACCUGUGUCCAGCACACCUAUAUCUGGGACCCCUUGGUGCGUGGUGUGGACGGGCGAUGGACGAGUGUUCUUCUACAACCCGACGGCGCGGCUGUCGGUGUGGGAGCGGCCCACGCAGCUGGCUGGCCGCGCGGAUGUGGACCAGGCAGUAUCCCAACCGCCUCAUAGCAAGGACGCCACGCGCAAGGAGCCGGCAGCGACGCCGGCGAAGAGCGCCAACGGGGAGCUGAAGCGGAACGCGAACUCCGACUCGUCUGACUCCGAGCCCGAGCCCGCCAAGAAGCCCAAGCCGGAGGAGCCCGUGACGCGCAAAAAGGCCGCGCAGGCGAUCGACAUCGGCAAAGAGGCGGCCAUGGAGGCGGAGUCGCGCGCCGCACGCGAGCGCGCUGUCGUGCCGUUCGAGCAGCGCGUCAAGUCCUUCCUCGAGAUGCUGCACGAGUCCGACGUCAGCGCCUUCUCGCCCUGGGAGAAGGAGCUGCACAAGAUCGUCUUCGAUAGCCGCUACCUGCUGCUAGAUUCCAAAGAGCGCAAGCAGGUGUUCGACAAGUAUGUCCGCGAGCGCGCCGAGGAGGAGAGGAAAGAGAAGAAGAACAGAAUCCAGCUGAAGAAGCAGGCGUUCAGAACUCUCAUGGAGGAGGCUAAACUGCAUUCCAAAUCAUCAUUUACGGACUUCUCGAGCAAGUUCGGUCGAGACGAGCGCUUCAAGAACAUCGAGAAGAUGCGCGACAGAGAAACAUACUUCAACGAGUACAUCGUGGAAGUGAGGAAGAAGGAGAAGGAAGAGAAGGACAAGAAGAGGGAACAGGCCAAGUCGGACUUCAUAGCCCUUCUCAAAGACAAGGGGGUAGACCGACACUCCCGCUGGGUGGACACGAAAAAGAAGAUCGACUCCGACGCUCGGUACAAGGCAGUGGAGAGUAGCACCAUGAGAGAAGAUUACUUCCGGGAGUACUGCAAGAUGGUCAAAGAUGAGAGGAAGAAGGAGAAGGACGUGAAGGAGAAGGAGCGCGACCGAGGCAGCAAGAAGGACAAGAAAGACAAGGACCGCGAGAAGGACAAGGACAAAGACAAGGACAAGGAGCGAGAAAAGGACAACAAGAAAGACAAGAAAAAAGAAAAGACUGGUGACGAGCCGGUACCGGAGGCCUCGGAAGCGGAGGAAGCAGAGCCGGAGGACACGGAGAGUGAGGCCGCGAAGGAGCGAGAGGCACGAGCGCAGGCCUCCAUCAAGGAGCGAGAGAGACAGGUGCAGCGCGCGCUCGCCACCAGCUUGCGGGACAGGGACAAAGAACGUGAAUACCACAAGCGAGAUGAGGCCGUGCAGCACUUCAACGCGCUACUAGCUGACCUAGUGCGAAAUCCUGACCUGACGUGGCGCGAGGCGAAGAAGCAACUGAAGAAGGACCACCGCUACAGCCUCGCUGACGAACUCAAUAAGGACGACAAGGAGCGCCUGUUCAGCCAGCACAUCAGCACGCUGGCGAGCAAGCGCCGCGACAAGCUCAGGACGCUGCUCGGCGAGCUGGGCGUGGGCUGCACGGCGCACUGGCGCGACGUGCGCAAGCAGCUCGCCGACCACGCCGCCGCGCCCGCCUACCGCAGCGCGCCGCAGAUGGAGCGGGAAUUCCGCGACUACCAGCGCGACAAACAGAGCGCUGCGAAGACUGCGCUCCGGCAGUUGCUGUUAGAGACCCGCUCUAUAACGCACCGCUCCAUGGCCGCCGUGCGGGAGGGCCAGGCCGCGAUGACCUCCAUACAGGACACGCUCAAACACGACGCGAGGUACACGGCCUUAGACCACAUUCCUGAGGAGCGUCUGCAGAUCAUUACGACAUACUUGGAGGAGUUGGAGAAGAAAGGCCCUCCGCCGCCGCCCACCGCCACCGAGCCCUCCCGCCGAUCAAAACAGUGACAGUCGGCCCCGGGCGCGCGCGUCGUCGCCUGUGAAUGAAGUUCCCUUAGAUAUAAAUUUGUGAUAAAUAUAACAAUCUUUCAACUAA